AUGGACGAUGCCAACUUGGAAAGCCUGGAAGUCGAGUUUCGCUCACUCCUGUCCAACGAGGUGGCAAGAAUGAAGUCAAUGGGCUUGGAAAGCCGGCCAAAGGAUGAAACAGACAAGACGCGCCUGAGACUUUACAACACCUACCGACACGCGCAGCGGCUUCUCAUUGGGCUUGAUUCGAAUCAAAUUCCUCAAGGUGUCGAUAACCCUGCAGUUGCCAAUACUGUUGAAGAGAAACCCGAUUGCCCAAGUGCACGAGCCAUCCGAGCCUUGCGACGAAGCGCAGCAGCAGAGCAUCGAGAGAACCUUCAAAAGAAUACUUUCACCACGAAAAAGUCGAAAAAAAGAAAAAGGACCAACGGAGAUGACGACGCCUCCGCCUCCAGGAAUGGCAGCCGUAAAAAGCAGAAGAAAAAGGUGGCUAAACAGCAGAGCAAUGACGUGGUUGCCCGGCCUUCCCCGAUCGGAAAGAAAGAUGGCCGCGUUUCUGUCUUGGAGGAAAGUAUUUGCACACUUUGGGGCAUCAAGUUUAGCGAUAUCAUCCCAGAAAGACGGUCCGUGGUACAAAGAGUGUUCAGCCCGCAGCACAUCUUUAACUUCCCUCUUGUCCUCUACGACAUCCAAAGCGAGACGCCUGAGGAUCUCGGCAAAACCUUUCAGGCAGGCCAAGACUGGCGCUCUCAGGCAGAACUCUUUUGUCAUGUGAUUAAGUCACACGGCAUUCACCGUAAAGCAGACUUCAACGUAUUUUAUGCUCGGAUGGGCAAGCUCUAUCUUUACCGUCUCUUAAAGGUGGGGGGUCACAUUCCUUCAGUUCCUGAUGUCGCCUCUAAGUCGCCCUAUCCUUCAAAGACCAUCCUGAGCUUCCUGAAGCAAGGAAGGAGGCUGAACAUGAUGUGUGGCGGCCACGUCGGCCUCAUCUUUCUGCUACCUCUACUCCAAGAUGACGGAGGCAUUUCGGUACCACACAUCCCGAUUUUUAAGGAGCAUGAAUUGCAAUUUCUCAAUGAUCUGGUUCGCAAGGCUCGUACUGUCCGCACCCUGUGUUCUUUGGGUCUUAACUUGAUCAAGGCUGCCCGGAGCGGAGAACAGCCCCCGCCACAGGAAUUGAGCGACCUUUCGCUUCAGCUCAUGGAUACCGAUUGCCUGGACGUGGAGAAGAUCCUGAAUCUUCUCCAGCCAUGGGCUUCGAGGCCAUGCAAGUGUUCCUGA